AUCUCAUUAAGCAGACAGUUUGUAACUCAGGAGUCUCACUUUUAUUAAGACAGUCAAAGUUUGAUGGUUGACCUUCCCUCAGCUGUUUAUAUCUCACAAAGAUAGAUCAAUGGAUAUAUUACCUUUACUUUGUAUCGUCUCUGUGGCUUUUACAGGUUUAACCAAAGGAGCUGGUGUGUUGCCAGACGGUCCUCUGAAUGCAACUGUGGGACAGACGGUGACGUUCAUCACAACCCUGACUCCACCAGAAAAACCUUUUGUAACAAUGGGCUGGAAAUUUGGUGACAGAGAUAUAAUCACUUUUAAUGGUGUAAACAUAACUGCACCAGAGUAUGAAGGCAGGAUCACGCUCUUCAUGUCUACAGCAUUUCUGGAGCUCAGGAAUCUGACUCUUAAUGACAGUGGAGAAUACAGAGUUAACAUUUUCCCACAGGGAGAACAUUCCAAGGAUGGAUCCACCAGACUGGAGGUUUAUGUGCCAGUCUCUAAUGUAAGUGUAACUGCCAGCAGCACAGACUUGGUGGAGUUCAACAGCAGCUCUGUGCGUCUGUCCUGCUCCUCCUCUGGAUCCUCUCUCUCUUUCCUCUGGCUGAACAGCAGCUCUGAGGUUACAGCCAGUAACAGUGACAGAGUUCAGCUCACUGAUGGAGGGGCCACUCUCACUAUCAUCAAUGUGACCCGCUAUGACCAGGGACCAUUCAGGUGUCAUGUGUUCAAUCCUGUAAGCAAUGGCACCAGUGAUCCAGUAAACCUCUCCAUCAGCUAUGGGCCAGAAUAUAUUAAUCUGACACUAUCUCCAACACAAGAAUAUUACUGCGAAGGGUCAAACAUCCUCCUGUCCUGCUCAGCUGUCUCCAGACCUGCUGCCCAAUUUAUGUGGUUUUUGAAUGGAGACCUGCAGUCUGAUACUGGACCAGAGCUCAGACUGAUGAACAUUCAGAUGAGUCAGAGUGGUAACUACAGCUGUCAGGCCUUUAACAACAGAACUCUGAGAUAUCAAACAUCUCAGCCAUCAGGUGUGUCUGUAGUGGCGCGUGUUUCCAAUGUGGUGGUAACUUCAAACACCACAGACUUGUUGGAGUUCAACAGCAGCUCUGUGCGUCUGUCCUGCUCCUCCUCUGGAUCCUCUCUCUCUUUCCUCUGGCUGAACAGCAGCUCUGAGGUUACAGCCAGUAACAGUGACAGAGUUCAGCUCACUGAUGGAGGGGCCACUCUCACUAUCAUCAAUGUGACCCGCUAUGACCAGGGACCAUUCAGGUGUCAUGUGUUCAAUCCUGUAAGCAAUGGCACCAGUGAUCCAGUAAACCUCUCCAUCAGCUAUGGCCCAGAAAAUAUUGAUUUGUCAAUAUCUCCGACACAAGAAUACUUUGAGGAAGGGUCAAACAUCCAACUGAUCUGCUCAGCUGUCUCCAGACCUUCUGCCCUGUUUUACUGGUUUCUGAAUGGAGACCUGCAGUCUGAUACUGGACCAGAGCUCAGACUGAUGAACAUUCAGAUGAGUCAGAGUGGUAACUACAGCUGUCAGGCCUUUAACAACAAAACUCUGAGAUAUCAAACAUCUCAGCCUUCAGUUGUAUCUGUGCUGGCGCGUGUUUCCAAUGUGGUGGUAACUUCAAACACCACAGACUUGUUGGAGUUCAACAGCAGCUCUGUCCGUCUGUCCUGCUCCUCCUCUGGAUCCUCUCUCUCUUUCCUCUGGCUGAACAGCAGCUCUGAGGUUACAGCCAGUAACAGUGACAGAGUUCAGCUCACUGAUGGAGGGGCCACUCUCACUAUCUUCAAUGUGACCCGCUAUGACCAGGGACCAUUCAGGUGUCAUGUGUUCAAUCCUGUAAGCAAUGGCACCAGUGAUCCAGUAAAUCUCUCCAUCAGCUAUGGCCCAGAAAAUAUUGAUUUGUCAAUAUCUCCGACACAAGAAUACUUUGAGGAAGGGUCAAACAUCCAACUGUCCUGCUCAGCUGUCUCCAGACCUUCUGCCCUGUUUUACUGGUUUCUGAAUGGAGACCUGCAGUCUGAUACUGGACCAGAGCUCAGACUGAUGAACAUUCAGAUGAGUCAGAGUGGUAACUACAGCUGUCAGGCCUUUAACAACAAAACUCUGAGAUAUCAAACAUCUCAGUCUUCAUUUGUGUCUGUACUGGACAAAACAGUAAGCUGUUCGGCUGGUUGCAUCGCUGGAAUAGUUAUCGCAUGUUUUGUCGUCUGUGGAGCAGGUGUUGGUGGAGGAUACUAUAUUUAUAAAAAAAAAAAACAGAUGAAAACAUCCUCUAACAGAAAUACUGCCACCAUAACAGGAGGUGAAGGCCAGAACAAUGCAGCAUACUCAGGAAGUCAGGAGCUGAACUAUGCAGAUAUCAGGUUUUCCCAGAACAAAGAUGGUGGGACAGUCCAGCAGGGGUUACAGAAUAACUCAUCAGAAUACACUCAGGUCCGAGUGAACAACAAUCCUCCUGCAGCAUCUUCUCCUCCUACCUAUGAUGCCUACAUUCAGCGAAGGAGGCAACCAGCUCCUCAACCUGAUGCUAAUGGCGCACAAAUUUACGCUCAGAACUGACCACUUUGGAUAUGAUGGAUCUGGAGGCCACAAGCAGCUGUCAUGUGGUUAGAGAAACCUGCACUUCCCUCUUAGUUCCUUUUUGGAGGACUAAUUUGGACUUGGACACUUGGAGUGUAUCUAGUCAAAGCACUUUAGCAGUGGUUAAUAAUCAGCUAGUUCAUGACAGUUAUUGCAAUGACUGAGGACAGAAGGCACAAUGUUGACCUAUUAGUUUGCAUACAUUGCAUAUAAUAGCUUUCCUAUCCCUGUGUUUGUAUGUGUACAGUCAAUGCAAAGUGCACAUAUCUGAGUGGAAAUAUUCUAUGUAUGUGAUUCAGUUGUUAGCUUGAGCCUAAAUGUUUGACACUGGUGUGGUGUUAUAUUUGACUCCACAUGUAUGUUGUGGGAUUUCAUUUGAGAUCCCAGUUUGUGGCUUGUCAGUUAUGGAUACAUUUUGAUAUUUAUUGUAAAUCUUACAAAAUAAAAAAUAUUGGUUAUUCAACAAUAAUUAAUUUACCUUUCAGUGGUAUUUCUCAGGACAUCAACAGAGCUUGUUAAUUUGUCAUUACUAUAGUGAACUAUGACGGUGUAGUCCCUCAUUCUUAAUUGAGAAUGACUUCCGGAUGGGAGCCGAAACGUCUUGAUUCUGAAAACAGUGUCCAGAUGACUACGACUGAAACCUUUUCUACAAUAGUGAACUACAAUCUGUUGGUCCAAAGGAACAGUUUAAAGAUGAACAGAAAUAUAUACCUUUGUAAUUUAAUUCCAUAAUGAUGGAGAUAAACUUUACAGGUACAAUAAAUGCCUUCAGAUUUAAAGUCCGUCCAACAGGCAUUCGAAAACUGUGGCCUGUAAGAAAUAUCUCAAUCUUUUCCCACAAGUGAUGAUCAUAAGUAAUUCAGUACAAGUUUAUGGUAAAUGUCAGUAGAAGUAGUGAUAGGAUGAUAAAGGGCUUCCUAUGUCAGCAUAUUUCUAUGAAAGGCCUCAAGCUAGCAGGGAAGUCCUUGAAAUAAGUGGAACAGUGCAAGUCGACAAUAGAAGCAAAUUUACAUUGCUACAAACACGUCCUGUGUGACCUAUCACACCUGUACACAACCUAACUUUUGUAAAGACAGUUGUCAAUUGCACUAUAUUGUGUACUGUAUCAUUGUUCUAAGGCAGUACGUUUGCACUGACAUAUGUUUAAAGACUGUUUCAUUUGCAAAUAAAACAGAACACACUGCGUGA